CUACAAGUCCUAUCGGGUAUCCGAAACACACAACAAAGUCUACAAAAGUCAACCACUCGGACAGCACCGCCGCGGAGGCGGGCAACUCUCCUGGAUUCAAAGGCGCCGAAAUCGAAAAAACUCGCGAGGGAAAAUGUCGGCGGUCGUCAUCGAAAACACAACGAUUCGAAGGUUCGCGACCUUCGCGAUUGGCGUCUUCGUCUGGUGCACGGCGCUGUGUGAGAUUCCUCCCGCCUUUGCACACAGAUCCGAAAGCCUCGACUGUGCAGCGGAUGGAUCUUCCACCGAUUUCAGAUUUUCGAUCGUGUGA